AAAUAAACCAGGAGUAAAAAAUGGAAAGAGCCCCGCCUAACCAAUCUAAGAACAUCGCCUUGCUAGAAUACAGUUGGGAUAACGGAGAUGAAGUAUCCAAUUACAUCGCUACAACGCUGAAAGAGUACCUCAACAUGAAACUGGACCCUAGUGAGUCACUAGAGAUAGAGGCAAAGCUAGGCAUAGUGAUUCCUUCGCAGGAGAUAAAUAUCUCAGAUCCCUUCUACAAGAUCUGGAGUAUCCCAAAUGGGUUGAUCCUUCCUGAACAGAAGUUUAUGUCCAGCACCUGAAAUAAAACCCUCUACUACUUCAACCCAGGAGUGACAAAGGAGAAAUUUGACCUCCUCAUAAAGAUUUUCUCAAAAGAAUGUGAAAAGAGGAAAGACCAGAUCCCUGUUGACCGAGACGAGGGCACCAUCGAGAGAUACAAGCAGGAGUACCUGAUCAACGACCUUGGCACUACUUAUCGCAUAGAUAGAAUGUUCGAUGACGGCACUCGUCAGACCUAUGAUGAGGAUGAGCUCAAAGAGUGAAUUAAAUAAGCAUAAACUCAAACACAUUAACUACUGGAACCAUGGCAGAGAUUUCAGAAUUACAAUUUCUGUAGAAGAAAAAUGUGAAGAGACCAAGUCCUUCAAGAUUGUCAACACUAGACACAAAACCAGACGCACUUUCCAGUUCAAGUGGAUGAGGUUUGAUUUCACUGAAUCUGCUGAAGAAGACAUGAAUGGGAAGAAAUCAGAACCAAAAUAUGAGAUUGAGCUUGAAAUCUGAGACACAAAGUUCUUCAAUCAGCCAGAUUUCGUAAUAUAUACUAGGCUUGCCUCGCGGUUUGUCCAAAACAUCUAUUCACUGACAAAUGCACUGAGCAAUGGAGAAGAGAUAUUCUAUGACAGUACGUGACAACCAGAUUUAGACAAAGCUUAUAAAGAAGCCUAUGAGACUGAGGUUAUGCCAAUAGUAGGAGAUUACUUAUCAGCAAAAGCAUUUGCUGAUAAAAUGACUUAA